AUGGCAAAUGAUGACGAGGACGUGGCCGUGCUCAAACGCCGACGCGGAAUAAUACUCGGUUCCUGCACGCGAAUACGAACAUUCGCGGAUUCAGCCGGGCCCGUUACGCCGUCCGUGGCAGCGCAACUCGAGGAACGCCGUUCCAAGCUCGAGAGUUAUUGGUCGGAAUACGACAGCGUGCAAACAAAAAUAGAAUUGCGCGACGAAAGCGAAGCGAAUAAUCGAGUAACGUUUGAGGACGCCUAUUUCUCGUUGUCCGCCAGGUUACGCGAAAUGCUUUCCAUUACAGCGCUGCCGCGUGCCGCUGCCUCCCCCUCACCGUCGACUUCGAGUGCCACAGUCACAGAACAUUUCAAUCACAUUAAGCUCCCCAAGCUUGACUUGCCGAAAUUUUCCGGAAAAUAUGACGAAUGGUUUCCGUUCUUCGACACGUUCAAAUCUCUAAUACAUGCAAAUGCCGCGUUGAGCGAUAUUCAAAGACUACAAUACUUAAGGGCCUCUCUCACCGGAGAUGCGGCCAAGUUAAUCAUUGCGUUAGAAAUUUCUAGCGCGAAUUAUGAGGUAGCCUGGAAUCCGCUAAAGGAACGCUACGACAAUAAACGUGCCAUCGUGCACAGUCACGUAAAGGCUAUUAUGGAAUUGCCAUCCAUGGCAAAGGAAAAAAAUAUCGCCAAACUACGUCAAAUCGCGGACGGCGCCACCAGGCAUCUUCACGCUCUUCAAGCUCUAAAACGUCCCACCGCGCAUUGGGACGAUCUAUUAAUUUACAUCUUAAGCAAUAAACUCGACACGCUUACAUCGCGUGAGUGGCAAUUGUCGCUGACGGGCUCCGAGCUGCCUACCUUGAAACAAUUUAUAGAAUUCUUAGCCCAUCGAUGUCAAACGCUCGAAACAAGCAGUAAAUCUCCCGCGGUUUCUUCAAAGGGCGCAGGCGCGCGAGCCCAGUCACAAUCUAGUGCGAGGCAGCAAUCCUGCGUCGCGGCCGUAAGGACAAAGUGUAGCUUUUGUAAAGGAAGCCAUCUCAUUUAUCAUUGUCAAAACUUUCUAGCGUUGCCCGUUCCGCAGAGAAUCACGGAAAUUCGGAAACGCAAGGCUUGCGCAAACUGCUUACGAUCGACUGACCACGUCUCAAAUAAGUGCCCCUCAGGCAACUGUAAACUCUGUAAAUCAAAACAUAAUACGCUAUUGCACCUUGCCGCCGCCAUGCCGGCCAAGCCCGACGGCUCAGAGGUGCACGACCGCGCUACGGGGGAGCUGUCACCGGCCAGUUCUCCUGCCGCUCUUGUCACGAACAACACCACUGCUCCCGCUCGCGAUUGCAUUAUGCUAUCAACAGCUGUGGUGUGGGCGUGCGACAGUUGGGGCUCUCGCAAAUCGUGCCGCGUGUUGUUGGACGCGGGAUCCCAGGCUAACUUUGUUUCGCGGCGGCUUAUAGAAGCCUCGGCCUUGAGACGCGUCCUUCUGACGUUGCCAUCUCGGGGAUAA